AUGAUCUCGGUGGUCUCGGCCGUGUCCGGCAGCGUGGUGGCGGAAGUGCCGCAGGAGGUCGGCAAGGAAGUGAGGGCGCUGAAGAAGGCCCUGGCACCUCAGGUGGGAUACACCAGAUUCCGCCAGAAGAUCGUUGACGAAGCUGGCAAUGAACUCUUUGACGAUGCUGUGCUGGAUUGCACAAGCCCGCAGAUCAUUUUUUUGCCUCUUUGCAGCUCUGAUGUUGAAGGGAAGAGGCUGCUUCUGGCCUGUCAGAACGAAUCUGGUGCCAAAGUCGAAGAGCUGCUUUGCCAGGCAGUAAAUCCCAACCUCUCCAAUACGGAGGGCUGGACGCCACUGCACUGGAGCGUGCAAAGAAGUGCACCGGAGUCGCUUGAGUGUACGAGCUUGUUGCUGGAAGCAGCUGCCAUGGCUGAUCAAGCCCAUCAUGUGGGGGAAACACCCCUGCAUUUGGCAGUCGCAGCGGGGCAUGCCGAGGUGAUUCGCUUGCUCUUGGAGUCGGGCGCCAGUUUGAACGCGCCGGAGUGGGUGGAUGGGCAAACGCCCUUGCACUAUGCAUCUUGGAGGGGCCAUGCGGAAUGUGUUCAGGUGCUUCUUGAGGCUGGGGCUUACAAGGAUGCAGCCACUACAGGGGGCAAAACGCCACUGUAUUUUGCAGUUCAAAGGGGACAUGUCGACAUUGUUCGAGCGUUGAUCAAGCACGGCGCGAGCCUUGACGAGACCACAAUGAGAGGUGCCACAGCUUUGCAUGAGGCAGUUUCAAGGGGCAACGAUGAGUUGGCUUGUUGCUUGGUUCAAGCGCAGUCUGAUGUCAACAAAGCCAGGCGGGAUGGCCUGACAGCGCUACAUCUUGCAGCAUCUGAUGGCCACAUCCAAAUUGUACGCUCUCUGCUGAAAUUCAAGGCUGACAGACACAAAACCACGCUUCACACGGACCGAACACCACUGCAGCUAGCCCAAAGACAAGGCCAUGUGGUGAUUGCCUCCUUCCUCAAGGAUCCUCCUGAAGCAUAA